GCGCCAUGAUCGACCCCAGCUCUUCGGAGGAGGACAGCGAUGAUGAACACAAGAAGCAACCCUCCAAGCUGCCUGCGGUGCCUCCAGGUGGACUGCCAGGAGGUCGGCCAUCGGUUCGGGGUAAGCCAGAGUUGCCGCGAGGAUCCACAGCUGGUCUUCCAGGCAAAACUGGUGCAAGUCCAUUAACUACAGCACCGUUAGCUGCUCCUCUUCAUCCCGCCACGAGGCAAAGGGCAGAGGCAGCUCAAAGUGCCUUGGCUCCCCCUCCGCAUCCAUCCUUCUUGCGCAGGACGUCGACGGGCAGCGCGAGUUCCGGCGAGGCGCCUGCGCCAUCGCCCAGUCCCUCUGGUGCCAGCCAUUCUGAUAAGGACCAAGACCCUCAGGAGAAGAUUGAAAAAUUAGAAGAGGAUAAGAAACGUCGACUGCAACUCUACGUGUUUGUGUCAAGAUGCGUUGCUCAUCCUUUCAAUGCGAAACAACCUACGGAUAUGACGCGACGGCAUACCAAACUGACUCCGCAUCAACUGGAGACAAUACAGGCGCGAUUUCAGGCGUUUCUAAAAGGAGAAACCCAGAUCCUAGCAGACGAAGCAUUUCAGAACGCUGUCCAAUCAUACCAUGACGUGUUUUUGAAAUCUGAACGUGUUGAACAAAUGGUCAAGUCUGGUGCGUGUUCGCAUCAUGACUUUCGUGAAGUGUUUAGAAACAACAUCGAGAAGAGAGUCAGGUUUGCCGACAAGUCUUUACCAGAAAUAGAUGGAUUAAGUAAAGAAACAGUUUUAACAUCAUGGCUUGCUAAAUUUGACUGUAUUAUGAAAGGAACUGGAAUAACAGGAAUACCAGGGGAUGAUGACUCGAAGAGGCCAUCGCGAGCGCAACAGCAGAGUUUGAACGCAGAAUGCAUUCUAAGCAAAGAACAGCUCUAUGAUAUGUUCCAGCAGAUACUAGGGGUGAAGAAGUUCGAGCACCAGUUGUUAUUCAACGCAUUACUUCUGGAUUCAGCAGACGAGCAGGCGGCAGCCAUAAGAAGAGAGCUGGAUGGUAGAAUGCAGAAGGUCAACGAGAUGGAGAGAAACCGCAAGCUAAUGCCGAAGUUCGUCCUAAAAGAGAUGGAGUCACUUUACAUUGAAGAGCUGAAGUCCUCGAUCAACCUACUCAUGGCCAACCUGGAGUCGCUCCCUGUCUCUAAAGGCGGGGCGGACUCCAAAUAUGGGCUACACAAAAUCAAGCGGUAUAAUCACAGAAAUGCAGGACCUGAUCCGAGUCCAAGAUUGAGUAAGCAGCUGUGUUUCAGAUCACAAGGAUCUCUCGCCAAUAAGCUGACUGGUGAAGGCGAUGGUGCUGAUGUCGACACACAACUUACUAAAAUGGAUGUUGUACUUACCUUCCAGAUUGAGGUGGUAGUAAUGGAAGUAAAGGGUCUCAAGUCGUUAGCGCCAAACCGAAUAGUCUACUGUACUAUGGAAGUUGAGGGAGGAGACAAACUGCAGACUGAUCAGGCUGAGGCUUCAAAACCUAUGUGGGACACCCAAGGUGAUUUUAGCACGACGCAACCUUUACCUGCUGUGAAAGUGAAGCUGUAUACUGAAAACCCUGGAGUCUUGGCCUUAGAAGAUAAAGAAUUGGGAAAAGUGGUGCUGAGGCCUACGCCUCUUUCUAAUAAGGCUCCAGAAUGGCAUCGUAUGACUGUACCAAAAAAUUUGCCAGAUCAGGAUUUGAGAAUUAAAAUAGCUUGUCGAAUGGACAAACCGCUCAAUAUGAAACAUUGUGGAUACCUCCACGUAAUUGGGAAAUCAGUGUGGCGUAAAUGGAAACGACGAUACAUGGUGCUAGUGCAAGUUAGUCAGUACACAUUUGCGCUCUGCUCUUACAAGGACAAAAAGUCUGAACCCUCUGAAAUGAUGCAGUUGGAUGGCUUCACUGUUGACUAUAUCGAACUUGCCAGUGCUCAACUCAUGGUGGGACAAGGUAAGAACCACACAGUAGAACUGGAAGGAGCGAAACAUUUCAUGAAUGCUGUAAGAGAUGGAGAAUCAGUCUUAAUGGGAGUCACUGAUGAAAAUGAAUGUCAUUUGUGGGUUAUGGCGUUAUAUAGAGCAACAGGACAGAGUCAUAAACCUACACCGCCGACUACAUCUGAUUCGCAUAUUAAGAUUAUGGGAGACGCUGACAAGGCUCGUAAACAUGGCAUGGAGGACUACAUCCAAGCUGACCCGUGUCAGUUCGAUCAUCAUCAGAUAUUUUCAAUGCUGCAAUCGCUUACUCUCAAAUAUCGGUUGCAGGAUCCAUACUGUUCAUUGGGUUGGUUUUCCCCUGGCCAAGUAUUCGUCCUUGAUGAAUACUGUGCAAGGUACGGAGUCAGAGGUUGCUAUCGUCAUCUUUGUUAUCUCUCUGAUCUACUGGACGUGGCUGAAAGCGGGCAACAGACAGUCGACCCUACAUUGAUGCACUAUUCCUUCGCUUUUUGUGCCAGUCAUGUACAUGGAAACAGUACCGCGACGUUGCCUGGCAGGCCAGACGGAGUGGGCAGCAUCACUGUACAAGAGAAGGAGAAAUUCGCAGAGAUAAAGGAACGAUUGAAGACGUUGCUGCAACAUCAGAUCACAAACUUCAGAUAUGCGUUCCCGUUUGGACGACCUGAGGGCGCUUUGAAGGCUACAUUAUCUCUUUUGGAAAGGGUACUAAUGAAAGACGUAGUAACACCCGUAGCUCCGGAGGAAGUCAGAGCAAUGAUCCAAACGAGCCUGGAGAAUGCCGCGUUGUUGAAUUAUACACAACUAAGCCAAAAAGCCAAUAUUGAAGAGGAUCUAAGAGGAGAAACAAUGGUUACGCCAGCAAAGAAACUAGAGGACUUAAUCCAUUUAGCAGAAUUGUGCGUGGACCUCUUGCAACAAAACGAAGAGCAUUACGCGGAGGUUUAUAACACAAAACCGGAUUCUAGCGGUCAACCAAAUGCAUUCGCGUGGUUCUCGGAGCUGCUAGUAGAACACGCUGAAAUCUUCUGGGCACUUUUCGGUGUCGACAUGGAUAGGGUGCUGUCCGAACAACCGCCUGACACUUGGGACUCAUUUCCGCUGUUCCAGAUUUUGAAUGAUUAUUUGAGGACAGACGGUAAGUUUAAAAACCUGAAAGGAGGGCGAUUCCAUGAGCAUCUUCGAGAAACUUUCGCUCCUCUGGUGGUAAGAUAUGUGGAUUUAAUGGAGUCUUCCAUUGCACAGUCUCUACAUAAAGGAUUUGAGAAGGAGCGGUGGGAAAUUAAAGGCAAUGGCUGCGCAACAAGUGAAGAGCUAUUCUGGAAGCUGGAUGCUCUACAAUGCUUUAUCAGAGACCUGCAUUGGCCAGAACCGGAGUUUAGGUCACACCUGGAACAGCGACUGAAGCUCAUGGCCAGUGACAUGAUGGAGACUUGCAUCCAACGGACAGAGGCUUCCUUCCAGUCGUGGCUGAAGAAAAGUGUAACAUUCAUGUCCACUGAUUACAUCCUACCAGCGGAAACUUGUGCGAUGGUCAAUGUUGCGUUAGAUGCCAAAAACCAGGCUCUUAAAUUGUGUGCUGUUGAGGGAGUCGACAUCUACCAAUAUCACACGAAGAUGGACGCCCAGAUCGAAGCGUGUCUACAAGCCAUGAUGACGGGAAUGACAACACGGCUGUCAGCCGUCCUCGAAGCCACACUAGCCAAGAUUGCUAGGUUUGAUGAGGGCAGCAUAAUCGGAUCCAUUCUGACGAUCGCCAACGUGUCGGGUUCGGGCAAGGACGUUGGCCAAGGCUACGUCAACUUCAUGAGGAACUCUAUGGAUCAAAUUAGAUCGAAGGUCACAGAUGAGCUAUGGAUCCUGCAGCUGUUCGAACAUUGGUACGGCAUCCAGGUGGGAAUGAUUAACACCUGGUUAGGUGAAAGACCUGCGCUGCACCCCCAGCAGGUUGCCUGCCUCUCCAUUAUUAUGAAGAAAAUGUACAGUGACUUCGAAUUGCAAGGUGUUAUAGAUGACAAGCUCAACUCCAAGAUUUAUCAAAAUGUGGCCUCGAGAAUGCACACGGAGGAAGCAACUUGUAGCUUGCUCUUGGCUCAACAAGACGCUAGUGGUGGCGAUGAAGGUUCCGAAGAAGGUUCUCGGAGUGGCGGUAAAUCUAAGCUGGAAGCUCUUACUGAGGAGGCAAAACUUGGCAAUGUAACCGCUGUUGUAGGAAAGGUUGGAAAUAUGUUUGGCCGUGGCAUCGGAGAGUUGUCAACAAAGCUGGGCGGGGCGUCUUCUUGGUUUUAGCGCAUUUUAAGCCCCACAUAUUCACACCUUAUUGUAACCAUACCUUUUUUUGCGUAUAUAGAUGUAUUGAGGUGAGGUUUCAAACUGCUUUUUGUUACUGCAUCACUUUUAUUUUAACAUCGUUACUGAUAUAAAACACCGCGUAUCUUGUUCCAAAAUGGUGCAGUAAUUAUAAAGCGUUUAACUAUUCUGUGAUGACGAUAAAGAAAAUUCGUUUGCAUUCAAAUACAUUCUAGAAUGUCCGCCAUUUUGAAAUAAUAUUUCGUAAACAAAAUGGCGUCUUACGCGCUAGAAAAUAUAUAUAUAAGUGGCCAGUUAAUGCAUAGCUUAGUGUGAUUAAACUAGUAUUGAAACAAGGUCUAGAUUUUAUUUUAUAAAAAAGCUUUAUGUACAGUUAGGGUCAUUAUUCGUUUUGGAGCAAGUACCAUUAUAAUAGGUGUGUAUAAUAAGAGUAGUAUUUGAUAUCACGAAUGAAUAUAAUAAUGAGAUAAUAUUACGAAAGCAUACAUAGACACAAUGCUACAAUAAGAAGACAUAUCGCUUUGGCAAAAUAAUUAUGUUAUAUUUAAUCGCGAUGGUAUUAUACAUUAUUUACAAAAAAUAUAUUUAACAAUAUAUUAUUUAUUGGUUGGGGCGGAAUGCGUGCGAAAAGAUGGUUUAAAAGUCUUUUUUCGAUAUAAUAACGUUAUGUUUUAAUCUUUUUAAAACUCGUUGAAUUCAUAUUUCCUUGUUAAUCUAUGUGUUAUUUAAUCUAUAUUCCUCAAGUUACUUUGUUUAUGUGUGAUGAGCACAGAGUUUGUUAUAGUGCAAUUUUUCCAUGCAAUCUUGCUGUAUUUAAAAUAAAAUCAGUAUUUUUCUAAUAGAGUGUCGAUUCCACUUUUCUAUAUUGUUUUUAAAUCUUAACUCUAAUCUCACGUUACCUCGAAACUGGCGUAAAAUUUUCUAAAUGCAUUAUUAUAAAAACGAAAUAUGCGUGUAAAAUCGCCUUAUUUUUUGACAAAAUAUGUUGCCAGUUAAUCGAAGAGCUCCCACUUUUUAGAGAAAGAACAGUUUUUAUAAAAAUGCAUUAUUGGAACUUCGACUAGACUUUUGCUAUAGUGUAAUUCUCUAUAGUUCUACGCUCUUUAGGUUCAAAAAAUCUAGUGAUUGAUUACACUUUACCUUGAACUAGUCAACAUAAUAACUACUACUAACUACUAUUUAUAAAAAUAUUAUAGUUAUAUUUGUUAAAAAAAAUAUUCUUCUACCCUAAAACACCUUACAAAUUUUGAACUAGUAAAAAAUUUAAAUUCUUAGGUAAAUUAAAAAAUAAAUAAAUAGCGAAUAGUCGCUAUGCUGAUCGCCUUAAUAAUGUCUCGUUGGAAAUGGCGGAGUUUAAAUAAUAAGAAAAAAAUAUAUAAUUGUUUUCAUAUUGCUUUAGCUUCAUUUCCUCUACCUUUUUUUCAUAUGCAUUCAUUAGAACUCUUCAAAAAUUCAUCUAACGCAUAAACCCAUUAUUACCAUGAUUAUUUAAUCGUUUCCUGUGUUCAGUUUUAGUUAAAAUUUUAAUUCAAAUUUUGACACUAGUACAAUAAGGAUGAGUAUAUUAAUAAUGACACGCAUAGGGCAGUACAUGGCACAGUAAAAAUAAUGUAUAAAAGGGGUAGUGCUCAUUAAUCAUUAAUAAAAUUAAAUAUAAAUUAGAUACCUUCCAUAGUGAUCACGUCAGUCACUUCGUCUCUUUUGAGAAUUACUUUAAAGUUAAGUACGUUUCUUCAUUCUAUCCUCAUUUUUUAAUUAUGAACCACAGUUUCUUCACUUGCCUAAUACUUUUUCUUGUCACAACAUUGUUUCACUGUCACGUAGGACCCCAAAAAUAUGGACUAUAAAAAUGAAAACGAUUUAGAAAAUAUAACAGAAUACACAUUAACACUGAAUUCCAUUUAGAACAAUGUCCUUUUCUUAUACGUGUAGUCAAUUUGACCUGAAUACAGACCACCGAAGCAGAAAAAAGAGACCACUCGCACCUAAAUAAAUAAAAAGAAAUACUUUUAAUGUUCUAGUGAAAACCUGGCAUUCGCCUUUUUACGUAGUUUUGUUGAAGCAAACCUUACUAAAUUAUAUUUACUUAUCAUUGAUGUCUGUAAUAGUAUUCAAUUGUCAAUAUUUGCAUUAAAUACUUUAGAAGAUUUUUAAAGAAUAGUCCAAUAUUUUGUGGUCUUACCCAAGUUUCAAAAUAAUUACUAUUAGUUAUUUCUUAAAUAUAAUGUAUUGGAUACAGAGCUCAAUCGAAAGACGGCAGUUUAGUAGUGUCUAAGUGCAUAAUAUGAGCCGACUGAACUUGUAAGUGCGUAGACGCCUGUAUAAUUUUGCCAUGAUAGAUUGAUUAUUGAAAACUCGUUGAAGGCGAAAUAUCUAAAUCUUUGAAAACAGUAUAUUACAUACGUAAAGAUGGUACAUCUUAUCCAACAACGCUAUUCUGGCGCUACUUCAUUUAUUGCAAAUACAUAAUCGUAACAAAUAAGUAUUUAUUAAUAUUUCGUAUGUUUACCGCAAAUCGCCUUACCGAGUUUUCAAAAAAGCUUUGAGAAAGCCAUCGAGUGCAUCGCGAGUGUAAGGGAUACAAUAAAAAAUAUUUACAAUAAAA